AUGCCGCGAAGGAGUAAGUGGAUGCAUCUGGUGGCCGGCGUCGUGGCCGGUGUCACGCUUGGUGUUUUUCUGAAAUUGUGUUUAAGGACAUCAUCUAGAACUUCCAUAGAGGCCUGUCCGGAUGCGGCGAAAUUGUACGUCGCUCCGGAUCCAUUAGCGCUUAUAGAUUUAAAGACUGAUGAGACGAUUUACAAUUCCAACAGGACAUUAGUGUUUGUAGGUGUGAUGACGGCGGAACAGUAUUUAACGACAAGGGCCAGAGCCGUCUUCGAGACGUGGGCCCAGGACUUACCGGGAAGGAUUGCGUUUUUCAGCUCGGAAGUGUCGCGAGCUCCGGGGCUACCUCUCAUUCCAUUACGUAGCGUGGACGAUAGUUAUCCACCUCAAAAGAAAUCUUUCCUGAUGUUGCUAUACAUGUACGAGCAUUACGGUGACAGAUUUGAGUGGUUUAUGCGUGCCGAUGACGAUGUUUAUGUAAGAGGUGAUAAAUUAGGGGAGUUCCUACGUUCCGUUGACAGUAGAAAGCCUCAGUUUAUAGGGCAGGCGGGAAGGGGUACUAAUUCUGAAAGGGACGCUUUAGCAUUAGACUAUAAUGAAAACUUUUGUAUGGGUGGGCCGGGAGUGCUUCUAUCUCGAGAGACUCUAAGGCGGGUAGCCCCUCACGUCAAGUACUGCCUGAAGCACCUCUACACGACGCACGAGGACGUCGAACUGGGUCGAUGUGUUGCCAAAUUUGCCGGGGUCUCUUGCACGUGGAGCUACGAUAUGCAAACGAUCCUGCAUCACAACAGCAGCGGUGCGGCGGCGUACACCGGGCGACUCAAGAAGCGGGAGGUCCACCGUGCGAUCACGCUUCACCCCGUCAAGGAUCACAGGCAGAUGUUCAGGCUACAUACUUAUUUCAAGAAUCUUCACAUCCAAGACCUCAGAGAGCAGUCCCUAGACCUGCACAGAGACAUCGCGUCAUCAGUCCACGAAUUAGGUGUCGAUCACGAUGACGUAGCCAACUAUGUAUUACCUGGUGAUGUACCGCUCUUCCCUCUGAAGAUGGGAGAGCCUGGAUAUUUAGGAAAUAACAAAAUAUUAGGCGCUCCAAUAGAUUUCAACAGAUAUAAACCGGACACAGUGGAGGACAUCAUACCCUUCGAUUUUGUCAGCAAGUCUAUUUACUCCGUCAGUCACUCUAACCCUAAGAGGAAAAUAGAGACUCCGCUCAAAGAAGCCCUCGAUGACGUCAUACGGGAGGUGAUGGAGAUAAUAAACGCGCCGUCGCGUCAACGCGGGCGGGUGAUCGACUUCAACGAGCUGCUGUACGGCUACACGCGCCUGCAGCCGCUGCACGGCGCCGACCACGUGCUCGACCUGCUGCUGCGCUACCGGCGCUACCGCGGCCGCAAGAUGACCGCCGCCGUGCGCCGGCACGCCUACCUGCAGCAGUCCUUCACCGGAACGGACAUACGAGAGUUGCCCAUGGGUGAACCGCCACCAAUCGAAGAACCAGAAAUACUACAGCAGCUCGAACAGAAUGGUAAAAACUACCAAACUGACUACGAUGAUUUUGAUGAAUCAGAACAAAGUCAGAACAGUUUCCUCGAUAUUGGCAAACUGAACGUUAGAGAAGCAUUUGAAAAUAGUCUGCAGAAAAUACAGAGCAAUUUACCGAAAGUUUUAAAGUGGAGUGAUGAUGAAUAUGAAUACCCGAUUUACGAUCGACGGAUACACUUUGUUCUUCCUCUUCUUGGAAGAUUCGAGAUUUUCAAUAGGUUUAUGAAGAAUUAUGAGGACAUCGUACUAAAAACCGACGAAGCUGUGACGCUUAUUGUCGUGUUAUACGUAGAUAGUAAAAGUCCAUUAGAUUAUUCAAAUUCGGAAAACUUAAUUAAUCACUAUAAAGAUGUUUACGGAAAAGAUAUAAAGAUAGUUUACAUGGGUUCGACUACAUUUUCAAGAGGCGCUGCUUUAACAGAAGGUAUCAAACUUUGUUCGAGUGAUAAUCUAGUGUUCUUCAUAGAUGUGGACAUGAUGUUUAAUCACAUAACACUUAGAAGAAUAAGAAUAAACACGGUUAAAUAUCAUCAGGUGUACUUCCCAAUCGUGUUCAGUGAAUACAACCCCGAAGUUGUUUACGGUGACGACUACAAUAAGUUCAAAGACGAAAUCCUCGUAAUGAACUCUGAUAUAGGUAAAUACGUUGAAAGCGAUGAUGGUGCUAUAAAAAGCGAUACGGAAUUAGCUAAUUUGAAAUAUAGUAAAGUGAUAAACGACGAUUUCGGUUAUUUUAGACAAUACGGUUUCGGCAUACUUAGCAUAUAUAAAUGUGACUUUGAUAGAGUCGGUGGUUUCGAUUUAAAUAUAAAAGGUUGGGGUUUGGAGGACGUUGAAUUGUUCGAGACUUUGAUAAAAUCGAAUUUAACAGUGUAUAGAGUAGCGGAUGAGACUCUGGUGCAUAAAUUUCAUUCUGUUGACUGUGAUAAGAAUUUGGAAAAGAGUCAGUUCCAAAUGUGCCUCGGUACGAAGGCUUCGACCUAUGGAAGUGAGAAACAUAUGAUAUACUAUAUGCUUAAUCACCCUGAUGUGUUAUGGCCCCAAGAAGAGAAAGGAGUCAGCUAGUAUAGGGACGUUUAUAAACAACUUAGUAAUUUUCAAAUAUUUCUUUUCAAUAAAAUUAUUUUUCCUGGUUCUAAAA